AUGGCUGAGAGUGGACAAGAAACAUCAAUGCCAGCUUGUGGCUGUGUUCAGUGCAUACAAAACUGGACAACUCAAAGUCCUGCCUUAAGAGAAAAUACUGUGCCAACAAUCCAAAGAAGCGCUUCUUAUCAAAUGAAUACAUACACGUCUUCAGAUGUUUUAACCUCUGCAGGUUCUCCAAAUCAUGUGUACAAUGAAUACCCUUCUGAAUCAUUCCAGACUCAAAUGAGUUCCUAUGUGCUUCCAUCAUACGAAACACCAAUCUUCAGAAGUACUUAUGGUGAAAUGUACAAUGGCACAUAUUCUAGACCCAGCCCAGCAAUAGUACCAGCGGAGAUAAGAUCCUACACGCCUACAUCAAAUACGACGUGGGCAUCACAAGACACAUUUGAAGAUCUGCAUAGCCAGACCACACCUGAUACAGUGGCUUUACCUGAUCCAAAUAAUUGGUUAUACAGGAUCAAUAACUUUAUACCAUCUGAAACGAGGACCUUAACAAGUGCACCUCAGCGGAUACACAGCACAAUGUCGUUAAACGAUCUACCAGUGAUUCCUCAGACACUGGAUGUGAUUUCAAGUGUGUCAACAUUUCCAACACAGCCGUCAUCUACGCCGUCCAGCAAUAAUCCACCUUACUUGAUGUCUAGCACUGCACCAAACACACCCCAGUUAUCUCUAUCACCAAAUAAUCCACCUUACUUGAUGUCUAGCACUGCGCCAAGCACACCUCAGUUAUCUCUUAAUAUCCCAUCGGCUACAGUUCAAGAGUCUUCCAUAGAUUCUAGCGAUCAAUAUACAUUAGAAUUUAAUAAUAAUGCCAAUGAACCAAUGGCUAGUUCUAUGGAUUACACUGAAGGAAACAGUGAAUCAGAAACAGAAAUUGAUAGAAAUUUACCAGAAGAAGUUUCCAUGCCUGAGGAGGAAAUUAUCGAUCGUCCGAAGCAACUCUGUCCUCACAACGAUACGGACGAAUGUGAUGAUGACUGUCCAUUUCUGCAUGGCCGCCUUUGCCAUCUGUGCCAUACGCAUAGAUUAAAUCCAUAUAAUCCAGAAUUACAUGCUGAUUGUUCAGCAGGUCAUCCUGGGGUCAUCUUGGGGUCAUCUUGGGGUCCAAGUUUCAACGUGUUUAUGUUUCUUUUUGACAGUGUUCAGCAGGUCAUCUGGGGGUCAUCUUGGGGUCUAAGUUUCAACGUGUUUCUGUUUCUUUUUGACAGUGUUCAGCAGAGCCUGUCCUGUCUGCCGAAUUCAUUCCAGCUUUGCAAUAGGCAACAAAUAUUGGAUCACAUGUCCACUAUCAAAAAAGAAGAUUAUGGAGUGGUCGAAAGUGGAUUACGCGGGAAUGUAAUAUUGAGACUGUCAAAUGAUGCAUCAAAUGAAACGUGGGCUGCUCCUGACACCACAGAGUGUAUCUAUAACAUACAAUUUGUAUCUUUAGCCUCACCUGAUAUCACAUACCAGGAUCAGUCCCAAUCUGGUUCAGUACCACCCACAGCAGCACCUUCGCGUGAUAUCGAAGAAAACACAGAAAGAUGGAUGAAUUACAGGGGAGGCAUGCCUAGAAAUGCACAAGAAACAAAGUGA